UUGUUAGCUGCUUGAUAAGAUAAACAACUAGGACGCGGUGAAGCUCGCAUUGGUACGGAAGCCUUGUCUGCAACCAAUCCGUGUUCAGUCGGUUAUCAGCGACCACGUCGCCUGCUUCGGUCCGCUCGCCUGCCCCGGUUAUAAAAAUGCUCCAAAAUGCCCAAGUCUCAGUACUUGCAGUUGUGCUUCUCGAGACAAGGCUAAGAGUAUCACCAGCAUCACAUCAUGAAGUUCUUCAUUCCUCUUGCUUGCCUUUUGGCGGUACUGACCCCGGCUUUGGGUGAACUGAUUGUGGGUGGACAUGAGUCCACACCUAACAGCCGUCCGUACCAGGUCGCGCUGUAUUCCAGCACCACGUGGCAGUUUUGUGGCGGCACCCUGGUCCACAAAGAUUGGGUUGUCUCCGCUGCCCACUGCGUGUCGAGCAGCUCUUUCUGGGUAGGCCUGGGUUACCAUGACAAGUACCAGCACAGUGUGAGUGGACAGCAAUACAUCAAGGGCACAUGGUACCGUCACCCCAACUUCAAUAGCAACACAUUGGAUAAUGACAUCGCAUUGGUCAAGCUGGCCUCAAGUGCCAACACCGGUACAAAGAUCAAAACUAUCCCCAUAACCAACAAGUACCCAACUGCAGGGAAGACACUGCUCGUGAGCGGAUGGGGAACCGAAUCAAGCGGUGCUUGGACUACUCCUACAAAGUUGAGGGAAGUGGAGGUGGACGCCCUGUCAUUGAGCGCCUGCAAAGCUGACUACGGAUCCUCAGCAAUCACCAGCAACAUGUUCUGUGCAGCUAGUCCCGGCAAAGACGCUUGCCAGGGUGACAGCGGCGGCCCAAUCGUCAGUGGCCACGGUGCCAGCUCCCACUCGUCCAGUACCAUUCUGGAAGGCAUAGUCAGCUGGGGCUACGGCUGCGCCUCACCCUCCUAUGCCGGUGUCUACACAACUGUAGGCAACUACUGCAGCUGGAUUUCUAGCACUACUGGCGGAGCCGUCAACUGCUAGUGCCACCGAAAGAGCCAAGCGAUUGACCCACGAUCCCGCUCGAAAAUAUAGCAAUGGACGGGGCGAUCGUAGACACUAUCGUCAGUCCUAAUACCGUCACUUCCGCAAGAUGAGAUUGGACACAAUAAGAACAGAACAUUUCAAUGAAUUAGUGGUAGUAAACUUAGAGUAGUGUUAGAAAACUUAGAGUAUAGUAGCCAAUGCAUGCAGUGAAGAGGUGAAAUCAACAAACCUUGCAACCACUUCUCUCUCCCCACCCAGCUCUCUCCUCUUCUCUCUGUCUUUCUUUGUUUCUUUCACAAAAACGGAUACCAAAGCUUUAAGCCAAAGUCUGUAGUCGAUUUUCCAGAGUCAGUGGGAUAGCUUUCAUUUAUCAUCUAGCUUGUAUACCAAAGCGUGCAAAACUUGAUUGAAUAACCACAAACAAAACUGACCACCCUUUCAAAUAACUCGUCGGUCUUCUUGUCCGAUUGAUAUAUUUCUAAUCUUGCUUCGACAAGCCGGUGCUGAUGUCAGUGUGAUGUCACGUGAUUGAGCAAGACCCAAUCCCUCUACUGCAUUGCAGUGCAUGUUAAAUUUGAAGUGUUGAUUUGAGCAAUUAAAACAAAAAAACAAGCAUAUGUCAA